UUGGGCGUGUAAUUCGGAAUUUGAGUACGCGAGGGUUCUUAAAAACUUUCUUUCUUUCACCAAAAUCUAGAGACAAAAACAAAAAACACAAACUGAAAUCUCUCAAGACUUUAAAGUAUUCUUCUUCUGUACUUCCUUCCCCUCUCCUCUUAGUUUCUUCUUCUUCUUCACAUUUUCUGAAUACAGACAGAAAUUAAAUACAGAAAGAAAUUAAGUGGUUUCCUUUUUUGAAUAUAAAGAAGUUAUUAUUUCUCUCUUUUUUUCUCUUUAUAACCCAGGUGGUUAAUGGUGAUGAUGAUGUGAAACUAUUCAAGUAAUUUACAGGAAUACAAGUUAAAAGUUUAUUCCCAAACAUGAAGUUCUUAUCAAAUUCUGUUUCUCUUCUGGUAGAUCCUAAAUUUAGGAGAUCGUGUCUCUGCAGUCUAGUUCCAACUGCUUCUUUGCUUUGCUUAGUUUUCUUCUUCGGGAGUGCCUUCAUCGCCACAGACAACAAAGAUAAAUUAACAAGAUGGGGAAUGCAUGAUUCUAUAGAGAGUGAUGAUCAAUCAGAUACUUGCAAGAAUAAAUGCAUGCCCAACGGAUCAGAAGCGUUACCAUUGGGUAUUGUUGCGAAGUCUUCUAACCUGGAAAUGCGACCAUUAUGGGGUAUCCCAAAAAAGAUCAAAGAAAAGUCUUUAUUGGCCGUUGCUGUUGGGAUAAAGCAAAAAGAAAAUAUCAACAAAAUGGUUAAAAAGUUCCCUACUCGUGAUUUUGUUAUUAUGCUUUUCCAUUACGAUGGGUUUGUUGACGAAUGGAAUGACUUGGAGUGGAGUGAACGUGCUAUACAUGUCUCGGCAGUAAAUCAAACGAAAUGGUGGUUUGCUAAGCGUUUCUUACAUCCAGAUAUAGUUGCGGAAUACAGUUACAUCUUUCUCUGGGAUGAGGACCUUGGGGUUGAAAAUUUUCACCCAGGACGGUAUAUAUCAAUUGUUAAAGAAGAAGGAUUAGAAAUAUCUCAGCCAGCAUUGGAUCCUGCUAAAUCAGAGGUGCAUCAUCAAAUUACUGCACGUGGAAGGAGAUCAAAAGUUCACAGAAGGAUUUAUAAAACAUCUGGUGGGAAUAAGUGUGAUGAAAGCAGUAAUGAUCCUCCAUGCACAGGGUUUGUCGAAAUGAUGGCACCUGUGUUCUCAAGAGCUGCGUGGCGUUGUACCUGGUAUAUGAUCCAGAAUGAUUUAAUACAUGCCUGGGGCGUGGAUAUUCAACUUGGAUACUGUGCUCAGGGUGAUAAAACAAAAAAUAUCGGGGUUGUGGAUGCUGAAUAUAUAGUUCACCAGGGUCUCCCAACACUUGGAAUUGUGGAUGAAGUGAAGUCCAACUUUAACCAACCUACCCAACCUAAAGACGCAUCUAACUCAGGGGCAUCGGUGGUUCCAAUCGUGCAUCCUUACGAUGACAGAAUGAAUGUGAGGAGGCAGUCAUACAUCGAAUUGGAGAUCUUCAGGACAAGAUGGAAAAGAGCUGUAGAGAACGAUAAAUGUUGGCAUUACCCAACUUAUCAACCUUCGAAUCAGACUGGUAGUAUUCGUAAAUAAUGAUUCAUAACAGAUCUCCUCGAGAACCAACUUGAUCGGUGUAAGGUUAGCGUCAUAUACACAUACCCAGUACAAAUAUACAGCAACACUUUGGAGGAAAUACUUAUAAAUGCUUCCAAAAUGAGAAAAUGAAAAAGGACAUGUUGAAGUGAAAGAAACAAACAAAUGGAUGUUGUUUCUCGGCAUAGUUGGAGAAACAAUUGAGUUUUCUCCCUUUUGUCUGUUCAAUUUUUUGUAAAAUGUAUAAUGCUUGUAAUUAUAACAUUUUUCAACAAAUAAUGAAAAUCAUUAUGGCUUUGACAGUCA